GGGAGAGAGGGGAAAUCGGAGUGGAGUUGGCGUCGUUGGGCGUCAUCGUCCCAAAUUUUUAACUUUAAUUUACACGGUAACUCUUAUUUAAGAUGGAUGCGUCAGAGUUAGCGGACGCCUGCCGGCUCUGCCUAGACAAAGAAAGAGUUACAAUACCAAUAUUUGAAGGGGAAGGUGUGGAUCGGGAGCUGUAUCAUAAAAUAGGAUCGUGUCUUCCCGUGAAGCUUGCCAGCGAUGACCCUCUCCCAAAGAAAAUUUGUGAUGACUGCACUGAAAAAUUGGAACUGGUAUACAAUUUUUGGAAUACUGCUGUCAAUGCUGAGAGGCAAUUAUACGAUUGGUUGGGUUUUAGUGAACCUAUCCAUAGGACACCUAUGGAUGUACUGAAGACUGAAAUGAUGGGAGAGGAUUCUAAUGGAGAGAUGGAUCUAGAUGAUUCACAAGACCCUUUGGACCAUCACCAUCGCCAUCAUGGCCCAGAAGGAAGUGAGGAGGAGAGUGGAGCAGAAGACGGGGAGGACCACGAGGAAUUGGAGGAUCCAGAGGAGCCGGAGGAGGAUUCUGGUGGAGGCCAAGAAGAGACGACAACUAAGACACCUGUCAAGCCUACCACCAGCCCUCCUGUUAAUCCCCCCGUAAACCCUCCUGUAAACCCUCCCGUAAAUCCUCCUCUCAACCCUCCCGUCAAACCUCCAAUCAUCAUACCACCGCUACCAAGCACCUCCAACACAACACCUCUGACUGGGCUUUCUAUACUGUCCGGGCCGUCUAGAAUACCUGGUAUAUCAGGAAUAUCUCUGUCAGCGCUAACUGGACUGAAGACCUCUCAAUCGGGCCUCUGUGGACUGAAGCCAGCCCAAUCUGCACACUUGGUGCUGACUCCACCGCCUCCCCCUCAAGUAUAUAACUCAACCACAACUGCGCCAGUCAUCGACAAAGAAGCAUGCAGGUCAAUCCUAACAGAGAAGGCCAACCGAAUCGCGGCCAUGCUGAAGCUGGCUGCACAGUCGGGCUCGCUGAGCCGCGCCACCCGGAGCUACCCGUGCCCCGACUGCGACCUGGUGCUGCCCAGCCGGCAGCGCCUCACGCAGCACUGGAAGGUGCACCACGAGACCCCGCUGCUGGCCCCGGUCACGCCGCCCGAGCGCCGCAAGCAGCGCCGCGAGGAGGAGGAGCAGGAGGAAAUCAUGCGCGCCGCGGCGGUGGCGGCCGCCGUCAAGGUGGAGGUGCACUCGGGCAGCGAGGACGAGAUCGUGUCCACCAACCUGCCCAUGUUCGAGUGCACGCAGUGCCACAAGGAGUUCAGCACGGAGAAGUCGCUCAAGAUGCACCAGGUGGUGCACACGGAGGAGCGGCCCUACACGUGCAACGUGUGCUACAAGUCGUACAAGCGGCCCUACGAGAUGAAGAUGCACCAGCGCAAGCACACGGAGCAGAAGAAGCUGCAGUGCAACGAGUGCGACUACACGACCAUCUACAAGUCGGCCCUCAACACGCACAAGCGGCGCCACAGCCAGGAGUACAAGUACCACUGCGAGAUCUGCGGCAAGGGCUUCUUCGUGCACACGUGGCUCAUGGAGCACAAGAACUUCCACACGGGCGAGAAGCCCUUUCAGUGCGACGUGUGCGGGAAGGCCUUCCCCUACACGAGAUACUUGGCAGCCCACAAGAAGACAAUCCACCCGGACGAGAAGCAGCCCCCGAAGGUAAACGAGUGCAAGACGUGCGGCAAGGUGUUCGCGCACCGCAACUCGCUCUCGCUCCACAUCAAGUCGCACACCGGCGAGAACGUGUUCAUCUGUGAUAUCUGCGGCAAGUCGCUGACCAACAAGGACCACCUGAACCUGCACCGGCGCAUCCACACGGGGGAGAAGCCCCACGCGUGCUCGUACUGCGGCAAGGCGUUCAGCAAGCCGGGCAACCUGACGCUGCACGAGCGCGUGCACACUGGCGAGCGCCCCUACACGUGCGACACGUGCGGCAAGUCCUUCUCGCAGCGCUCCACGCUCGUCAUCCACAAGCGCUACCACACCGGCCAGCGGCCCUACGUGUGCCCGCACUGCUCCAAGGGCUUCGUGUCCAAGGCGCUGCUCAACUCGCACCUCAAGAACACCUGCUACCAGUAGGCCGAGAGCGUCUCGCCUCGCUUUCCCAGAGUAUCUCCUUCAGGCAGCAAAGCUGUCACUAGUGCCUUUGUAACUUUUCUGUACUGUAAAGUGGACUCCGUUUGCCAAAUUCAAUACACCCUUUCCCUUUGAGGUAUACUUCUUGACAUAUGAGUAGUGCGUUUCCAAUAAAUGUGUGCCUUGGUUUUUGUACUUGUAUUGUCUAGAUUUGCUUUUGUGAGUGACCUCAUGUCUUGUUCUCUGGCAGUAGAAGCUAUCAAGUUCUUUUAAAUUAUUGGAGUGACCAAAGAUUUUUUUUUUUUGAGACAAGUGUUAUACUCUAUGGAGCUUCAAAACUAAAAGAGACAUUCUGAACCAAGAUCCUAAAGGCGAGAAAGCAAUAAAUAGUGAGAACGGUGUCUUAGUUGUAGAGGAGCUGAAACAGGGCUCUGGUGAAGUUGAUUUAAUUCAUCAUAUAUUUUUAUAUGCUUAGGGUUUUGUUCAGAUCAAGGACGGGGUACAACUCUUUGUUGCCAAUUCCAGAGCUGACUGAGUGUGUGCUAGCAUGCUAGCAUAUCCAUUAUUGAAUGUCAAUUUAAAAAAAGGAAAGAAGAUGAGGCCCGCUUGGAUUGCAAAGCAGUUCCACAUUAAUGUUUGGGUAUAAGGGUAUGAAUCUGUGUUUAAUAAUCACAGAAUGGUAAAACAUAGUAGAUUUAAGUAAGUGAGGCCUUAUAUACUUGUAUCAUGUUAUAUUUUUUAAAUUUGUCACUACUAAGCAUGUAUGAAUAUUUUUGGGACAACACUUUUGUUUUGAACAAGUUCAAUGUAAUUACAGGGUUUCCACAGAAAAGGAUGUUGUAUAUGUACUUUUCAAUGCGCAAAUUUGUUUUAAAUUUUUGCUACCAAUGCUAAAAGUUACUCUGUAUUAUUUACAGAAAUUUACAGUGCCUCAGAUAUUGAAAUUGAUCUUCUAUCAGUUGUAACUCACUUCUUUUUAAGGUCAGUUUACUUAUUGUGUCUUUGUUAUUUUAUUUUAUUGCAUACACCUUAGUGAAUGCAAAACCGCAUUUUGACCAAUGUAAAAUAUGACUUAUUAUUGCUGCAAGUUGUACUAUUGUUUUGUUUUGAAUUUGUAUAUAGGGAGAGUCUGUGACACUGCCAAGCAUCGUCAUGUUUUAUUAACAAUGUGCAAUCAUUUAUACCUUACCAAGUAAAUUUGGUUCAAGGGGUUACCAUAAUUGUUUUACUAGGAGAUCUGUGUAAUCCAGGCAUACAGAUUUUAAAAAUUGAUCAGAAUUUUUAUAUCCUCUUUCACUUUAUUUUUAAGUUCAUUACACCAUUUUGAAGUGUUGAAUUGUAACGUGUAGCUUAAGUUUGCACUUUAAAUCAAAGUAUAUGUUAUUGUUAUAAGGACACCCAUUAUAAUGUGGUCUGGACUGGAAAACUCUGUGCAAAUUCUUGAUAGAUGCUGGUAGACCGUCACUUUACUUGUUUUCUUUUCAGCGUAGAUAAGUGAAGCGAAUGGUGUUUUCGUCUAUUGUGACAUGAUACCCACUAAAGUCUGUCAGGCCAAGGACUCCGACUCCACUGCCUACCUUUCCUAGGUAGGCACUACUCCCUUCCAUCACAGUGAGAAAUGACUUCAUUUUUAUUUUCAGAAAGACCCUAUUUAUGGGACACUUCUCUUUUAUUGUGAAAGAGAAGAAUGUUUGUGUGUCCUGAUUCCUAUUUUCUAAUAGCUUAUGAAAACUGAAUAAAGAUCUACACCGCACCCUAAUUUUGUAUCAUAGGAUUUGUUCUUAGGGGCACAAAACCCAUAGUUUGGAAUUAUUUUGUUGUUAUAUCAUUUUUGCACUUAAAAACUUCAUUGUGUCUUGUGAGAGAAUAUUUAUGCCAAUAAUUUGGUACUAUGUUGAAGUUUGAUUAAUUGGGACAUCACUAAAUGCCUCAAGAUAUCUUGUGUUAUGGGGCAUGUGAUGCACCAUUCUGCUUGGAUCAGCUUGUUUGUUUGUGAACCUUUUUCCUGUUUACGUGAAUUCCUAAUUAUUACUGUUGUGGAAUUAUUUCUUUGUAAUUAAAAAAGCAAAAUAUUCUAAAUAAAUGUAAGAAUAUUUUUCCUGUUACGACUGGUUUAUAUCUUUUGAACAGAUUGACUGAUGUGCCUUCCUUGUGACAAGCGAUUAGUAGAUGAGACGUUACAUUUAUAUUUAUAUAAAUUGGUCAUAAGGUUGAAAAUUCAUUUUGUAUUAAAUCAGUAUCAUAUUAUAUUCUAUGUUGAAUUUUUUACAAAUAAUAUGUAUAUUUAAUUCAGUUUAUGGUGCUUACUACCUCUCUAUGCUGGAUCAAUAAACAGUAAGGUAUGCACUAACUUCUCAGAGUUUAAGAAUUAAACUAAUGUUGUUUUACGUUUUA